AUGAAGAACAGGGGAAGUCGCAACAUCAGUAAUGGCGGCCCAGAUCGCAGAGGACCACGUAGAGAGCAGAAUAAGAAUAUGAACCACGAAGCACGAGUCACUCGAAAUGGAGUCUCUGCAAAUCAUUUGCUCAAUUUUUCUUUGCCUGAGCGAGAGCAUCUUGCAAAAUAUCAUCACAAGAAGAAGAAAAGUUCGGCACCACGCACUCAAAUUGAAUAUCUUCAUGCCAACUACCGAUUCGUGAUCGCACCACUCGACCCGGAAUGCAUUGUACCCACAUGGGAUGUUGAGUCUCUCACGGAAUGGUCAUUGGUUGAGCAGGUACUGCUGUGGUAUGAUGCUGCAAACCCUCAGACCUGUCCAAUUUGUAUGGACUCCUUUCGUGUACCAAAAAUUACCAAAUGUGGUCACAUUUUUUGCUGGCCAUGCAUUCUUCGCUAUCUGUCAAUGACAGACAAGUAUUGGCGUCGGUGUCCAAUGUGCUUUGAAUCUGUUCAAAAGGGCCACCUGCGCAGUGUACAGCUACAACAGCUGCAGAUACCUCCACGUGUGGGGUCUGAUGUAACUUUUCAGUUUCUUGAACGUCCUAAAUCGAGAAUCUUCCCGCAGCUUCGUGUACUACCGUCAACACAGUUGACAGAUGAUUGCACUGAAUCAAGUGCAUUCACGCAUUCUUCAUCGGAGGCUGCCACCUUUGCUGCGCGUAAACGUACUCGGAAGCUACCCAACGUGAAUGAUGCUGACGCAACAUACUCGCGCAUUUUGGAAGCGACACCUGAGUAUUUGCGGGAGCUUCUGCUCGCGGAAAUGCGUGUACUCCAGUCAAUGGAUGCUGAGUUCCAAAGCAGUGGCGACGUAGAUAACCUUCCUUUUGUCAAUGAAGCCAUGCGGAACACAUCUGAACGUCUUUCUAUAAGUGACGAUUGUAGUCGUGGCACUUAUGGCAAACCUGUGACUACUUUCGCAUCCGAUCAGAGCAUAAAGCCGCUAGAGCAUGGGACCAAUGACAUGUACUCGUUCUAUCAGAUUGCAAAUGGAACUUAUGUGAUUCUCCACCCGCUGAACAUGAAGUGCUUGCUUAAAGAAUACACUGACGAGCUAGAACAUGAGAAUGCGGUCGAAGUAAAAAUGGAAUCCACGUGGACUACCGAGACUUCCUGUGCGAAUUCAAGAUCACCGCCUGCUAAUCGAUACCAUCUAGUGCCGGAACAAGUUCACGGCCGUGUGUUGGAUAUCGAGCACUUUAUCAUGGACGAAGAAGCUCAAAAACGCUUUCGUUUUUUAAGCCACUUGCCUCGCUUUUGCGAUUUUUACAUUUGCGAACUCGAUUUAUCGUCGCAGCUUUCACGUUCAACGCUUAGCGCCUUCAAGAACGAUUUAAAAAAGCGCGCCAAACAGCGAGAGCACAAGCUUAAGUUGCUUAAUACGCCAACCUUUUCGUCUCCAAUGUAUAAGUCGAAAGUACAAACAUUUUCGCUGCAGCACGAAAACACUCACUGGCCAUCGCCCUAUGAGCAAACCUUAGCUGAAUCAGUUGAGGAUUUUCAUCUCAGCAGUUCAUUUGCAAGCGAUCUUUUGACGGAAGAUGAAACAACCACGUCUUUUGAGGAUGAUGAGCGGUCAUUUGCUCGAAUAACAGAAAAUUCUGGGUACUUCCCGGCGCUUGGAGACGCUCCUUCGAACGAGUCUAGACAUCCUUCUGAAAAUUCUACUGCGUCCGGAUCGUCGCAUCCCUGGGGAAAUACAAUUUCUUCCAAUGUUGCUGGAAGGGGUAGCAAAAAGAAAGGAGGUAAGAAGGGCAUCUCUGUCUUCUCCACAACGCAGCGCCGCUCGUACCGCUGA